GCUACAUCGUCGCAGCCCUACAGCAGAGACAGCUUCGAUGACAGUGGAGUGACAGGUAGUUCUGCCGUCACCGGGUGAGUCAGCAAAGUAGAAGACCAAAGUAAAUUAAUACCAUGCAUAUCAGCUACUCGUGCUACAAAUAGUAUCUUAUUAUUAAAGUAAAUCUUACCUAAAAGUGCUUAUACUAAGUGAAACUAUAUAUAAUUGUGUGCUUAACAUCUACAUACGUAACCGGCCCGAUUGCAUAACCAAAGCUGCUUGUCGCAGUGCUUAGCUCCCCUAAAUUAUCACACCGGUAAUAUUUGAUUACCACACGGGUAAGCGAACAAAGAGAAUGUCUUCGAAUUGAACACUAAACUCAACUUAUUACCUAGAUCAUUGCUACUACAAACUAGAUACAGACUACGAACUAUUAUAUGAACUAAAAGGGAAACUAAAACGUGAGUAAACCUCUAUAUAUUUGCGUUAUUGAAAUGCAGUAUGUUCUCAUUGAAUAAUAACCUCUAUUACAAGUAUACUGAGAAUAGCCUUAAAUUAUAUGUACACAUUGUAAAUGCAUUUCACAGGAAAAUUAUAUUCUCGAUACUACCAACAACCGGAUCAAACGUUUUUAUUUCGCUUCCGGUCGAGAAUUAUAAUUCCGGAAAUUUCCCCCGUUGGAUUAACUCCAACAAAAUAUAAUUUUCGUUUUAUUACGAAAUAUCAGUCGCGAUCAUGUCAAGUCGUGGAGCAAAAUCCGAUGGUAAAAGUGGUAAACCAAGUGGUAAGGGAGAGAAGCAUGUUGCCAAGGAUAGGGUAGUGGUUAGUGGUGAAGUGACUGGUGCAAAUGGAAGUGAUGAGGUGGUGGUGGUGGAUGAACCGGAGAAGACCGUCGAGGGAUACACUUGCAAAAGUUGUGGAGGACCAGAUACGGAUGAUAUGGUGCAGUGUGAUAGGUGCGACGGAUGGUAUCACUACGAGUGCGUUGGAGUGACGGAUGAAGUUGUCGACCAGAGCUGGAGUUGUGCCAACUGUAAGACUGCAACAUGGAACCAGCGAACAACGUCAACAUCGAACAAGGAUCUAGCGUCAAAGGAUACCAUCAACGAGCACCUGCCUAAAAGUGUUUCAUCCAAAAGGAAUGUCUCUAUUGUUGCAGAAAUGAUCCCAUCAAGCGGAAACCCGGAAUUGCCAAAGUCAUCAGAUCCUGCCGGAGCUCAUUCCAGGAACGCAAGGAAUCAAUCAACCGGUCAAACGGAUCGUGGAGCAUCGCAGAAGAGCAGAGCAACAGCAACGAAGCUGUUUGUUCCGUCGCUAGAAGGAUUACCUGUCAUUCAACUGGAUGAAGCUUCAGAAGUCUCAUGUUCGUCAUCACAGAGGUCUGCUAGGAACCGUGCAAAAUUGAAGCUACAGCGGUUGGAAGAAGAAAAGGCUUUCGAAGAACAGCAAGCGGAAAGACGUCGGAUAGCUGAACAGCAAGAAGCGGAGAAGCAUAGAGUGUUCAUGGAGAAGAAGUACAGGAUCCUAGAAGAAUUAGCAAGCGAAAGAGGAUCGAGUCGAGUCACCGGAAGCGAAUACUCUCGGAAUCGUGUAGUGGAUUGGAUCGAAAAGGACUGUCAUUCGGAGGCAGCGCAACAGUCUCAUGGACAACCAGCACAGCAGGGGCUAGGUCAAGAAGAUCUGCUACCAGCGCAGCAGGGGUUCGGACAGCGUCAGCAGACGGCCGCCAGAAUGUCGAAGUAUUUCUAUCCCAAUAUCCAACCUCAAUCGACUCGAAUCCAACCAGCGUCGGGUCGGGUGCCUCGAUCUCUGGUGAAUUCAACGCUCCUAGAACAGAAUCAUCCGAUGGGAACGGAUCAACCAGACGAUCACGACCCGUUCCAACUCUCGCGCUCCCAAAUUGCAGCAAGACAAGCAGUGUCUAAAGACUUGCCGACAUUUGCUGGCAACCCGGAGGAAUGGCCAAUUUUCUUCUCUAUGUACAAUAGUACUACCGCAAUGUGUGGUUUCACUGAAGAAGAAAAUCUUGUGCGGUUGCAAAGAAGCUUAAGAGGGAAAGCCUACGAAUCGGUUAAAUGCAGGUUGAUGCAUCCGGGAAACGUACAGGGCAUAAUGGACACAUUGAAGAUGCUGUACGGUCAACCAGAGAUCAUCGUACACUCGUUGAUCUGUAAGAUCAGCUCUCUACCGUCUAUCCGUGAGGACCGCCUCGAGACGUUGGUGGACUUUGCCGUGAGUGUGCAGAACUUCUGUGCGACGGUGGAAUCGUGCGGCCUAGACGACUACAUGUACAAUGUAACUCUCCUGCACCAGCUAAUUGGAAAACUACCUCCAUCGAUUAAGCUGAACUGGGCUCAGCACCGAAAAACGCAACUGGCGGUUAAUUUGGCAACUUUCAGUAAGUGGAUCUACUCUUUGGCGGAAGCAGCAAGCACGGUGAUGUUCCCGGUGGAAUCGUUGCAAACGAAACCAGCUCGAAGCGAUGUUCGUCGUAACAGAAAAGGUGAAGCAUAUCUCAAUGCACUUACCGAAACACAAGCGAAGUACGAUGUAAACACCAAACCGUUUUCCAAAGCACCUGAAUCGCCGGUGACGAAAGAAAACUGCCUGGUGUGCAAAGGAACGCGUAAGUCAGUGGACAAAUGUAAGCGCUUCUUGGAGCUCUCCAGAGACUCCAAAUGGGCGGUGAUACGUGAGUUUGGGCGAACAUGUCUCCGCCAGCAUAAAGGAUCCUGUAAAGCUAAACCAUGCGGCAAGGACGGGUGUUGCUUCAGACAUCAUGAGCUAUUACAUAACGAGCAGAAAGGAAAGCUGCGGAGUAACAGUGCAAUGAUUGGAAACCCACAGUCCCUGCAACCAACGACAAGCGGCGCUGAGCUUGGAUGCAACACACAUCAAACGCUAUCUAGUCCAGUGCUAUUCCGCUAUCUUCCGGUUGCGAUAUCAGGGCCGAGAAAAACGAUCUACACUUACGCCUUUCUUGAUGAAGGCUCAGGAGCUACACUGUUAGAUCAAGAUCUAUCCGACGAGCUACAAUUGAAUGGUACACCAAGACCAAUAUGUCUGCGUUGGACAGGUGGUACAGAGCGGUGUGAGAAGAACUCGUGCAUCGUUCGUCUACAAGUAGCCGGACGGCAUGAAGGAGCAGAGAAGUUCACAUUAGAGAAUGUGCAAACAGUCAAAGAGCUUCUGCUGCCGUUACAGACCCUAGACAUCGAUGAACUGAGGCGAUCGUACCGUUUCCUAGAAGGAUUGCCAAUCGCAUCAUAUCGCGACGCUCGUCCCCGCAUUUUAAUUGGAACAAAGCAUGCGCAGCUGGGUUUAACGCUCAAGAGUCGUGAAGGAAAAUUCGGUGAACCGAUUGCAACGAAAACUCGUCUAGGUUGGACCAUUUGUGGCAAUCUGGGACCCGGAGAUGCUCCAAGCCUGUUUCAUUACAGCUUCCAUGUGUGCUCCCUCAAUGAACGGCCUAACGAUGAUCUACAUCAAGCGAUGAAGGAUUAUUUCUCUAUUGACAGUCUGGGGAUCAGUUCAUCUAAGCUACUUCUGUCGGCCGAAGAUGAACGAGCCGAAACGCUUUUGAAGUCUCUCACACGCUUCUCAGACGGCCGCUAUGAGACCGGUCUUCUCUGGCGCUAUGACAACGUCCGUCUACCAGAUAGCCGGCCAAUGGCUCUGCGUCGCCACCGAUGCUUGGAGAAAAGAAUGGCGAAGGACCCCGAUCUAGCAGAAAUAUUACAGCAGAAAAUCGUGGACUACACUGUCAAAGGAUACAUCCGUAAACUUUCCGAAGAUGAAGUACAGCAGCUAUCCACAGAUAUUUGGUUCCUACCCGUCUUCCCGGUAACCAACAUCAAUAAACCCGGGAAAGUCCGCAUAGUGUGGGAUGGGGCAGCCGAAGUCCAUGGAGUCUCGUUGAACUCGGUCCUCUUGAAGGGUCCCGAUCUGCUAUGUUCUCUACUUGGCAUUCUGUUACGCUUUCGAUUGCAUCCUGUUGCGGUAACGGGAGACAUCCGUGAAAUGUUUCACCAAGUGAACAUUCGGCGAGAAGAUCAGCAAUACCAAUGCUUCUACUGGACGGGUGAGACCGGCGAACUGGCGGUGUACGUCAUGACGGUGAUGACCUUCGGAGCGUGUUGCUCUCCUAGUAGUGCCCAGUUUGUGAAGAAUGUUAACGCGGAGCGCUUCAAGCAGAAGUUCCCAGCAGCAUGCGAAGCAAUUACCAAAUCGCAUUACGUCGACGACAUGCUGAUCAGCUUCGCCACGGAAGAAGAAGCGAUCCAGAUAGCCAAGGAUGUUCGGCAUGUGCACGCGCAGGGCGGAUUCGAGAUCCGCAAUUGGAUUAGUAAUUCCAGAAGAGUUGUAGAUGCACUGCAACAACAGAAUGCCGAUGAGGAGAAGAGUCUAGACCUAUCAACAGAAUUAGCCACUGAGAAGGUCUUAGGAAUGUGGUGGAAUACGGUAGCUGAUGCUUUCACCUACAAGAUCGGCUGGAAGCGCUUUGAUGGCUUAUUACUCGAAGGUAGACGACGUCCUACAAAGCGGGAACUACUACGGAUUCUAAUGACCAUAUUCGAUCCGCUUGGACUUAUCGCGCAUUUUCUCGCUUAUUUGAAGUUUCUCCUGCAAGAUGUCUGGCGAUCCGGAAUCACAUGGGAUGAAGAAAUUGGUAACAAUAUGUUUGAGAAAUGGCGGAAGUGGCUAAGCGUUCUGCCGCAAGUAGAAGAUGUCAAGAUUCCUAGAUGUUUCUGGCCAGGAUAUACGAUCAAUGAAGCCGACGAGACUCAACUUCAUACUUUUGUAGACGCUGGUAAAUGUGGGAUAGCAGCAACAUGCUUCCUACGGUUCAUGAAGAACGGAGAGAUCUACUGUUCACUCGUCACCGCGAAAGCUAGAGUAGCCCCUCUGAAACUGACAUCGAUCCCUCGGUUGGAACUACAAGCGGCGGUUAUUGGCACGCGACUGUCGACAACGGUGCUUGAUACGCUAUCUAUCCAGAACAUGAAGAAGUUCUACUGGUCCGACUCUCAAGACGUCUUAUGCUGGAUCAACUCCGACCACCGGCGCUACAGCCAAUUUGUCGGUUUCCGUAUUACUGAAAUUCUAGAGUUGACCGAACCUCACGAAUGGCGAUAUAUACCUAGCAAACUAAACGUAGCCGACGAUGCUACCAAGUGGGACGGCCUUCCUGAUCUUUCUAUUGGAAGCAGAUGGUUUCAGGGCCCGAGUUUUUUGUGGGAAGGCGAGGAGAAAUGGCCAUCAUCUACCAAACGCGGUAAACAAACGAGCACCGAGUUGCUGACAAGUCUGUUAGCCCAUCAUACGUCUCCAGAGCCGAUCAUUUGUCUUCAAAACUUUUCGAGCUGGAAACGUUUACAGCACGUCAUGGGACUUGUCUUACGGUUCAUCACGAACUGCCGUCUCAAGACACAGCGAAGAAUUGUCAACUUGGGACCUUUGAAUAACGUUGAACUCCGUACGGCUGAAGCGCGACUGAUACAAAUCGCGCAACAGGACGGAUACCCGGAAGAAUUUCAUACACUACAGAGUACAUUGGAACUCACCGCAGAACCAGCAAAACUUCUCUCUAAAUCAAGUACGCUAUACAAGCUCACUCCGUGGAUCGAUGAUCGAGGCAUAAUGCGGAUGAAGACGCGUAUCAAUGCAUGCCAGUUCGCUACAGAGGAUGCGAAGAAUCCCAUCAUCCUUCCAAGAAAACACCACCUAACCACCCUUAUCAUACACCACUACCACAAUAAAUACCACCACCAGAAUCAUGAAACAGUGAUUAACGAGUUACGGCAGAAAUAUCAAAUCGCUCGUUUACGCACAUGCUACAAUCAAGUUCGUCGGAAUUGCCAAAGAUGUAAAAACGAGCGCGCAGUACCGAUCAACCCGAUCAUGGCCGACCUGCCACCUGGACGUCUAGAGGCAUUUUCUCGACCGUUUACUCAUACGGGUAUCGACUAUUUCGGUCCCAUUGAAGUUGCUGUCGGCAGACGAAACGAAAAGCGCUGGGGAAUGUUGGCGACAUGCUUGACCACCCGAGCAAUACAUAUCGAGCUCGUUAACUCGCUUAGCACCGAUUCAUGUAUCAUGGCAAUCCGAAAUUUCAUCGCUCGUCGUGGCCAACCCUGCAAGAUCUACAGCGAUCGAGGGACCAACUUCGUUGGUGCGGAUAGAGAACUACAAAGGAUCCACACAGCAAUCAACCACGACAAAAUUAUGAGAGAGUUUACAACCGAAGAGACCGAAUGGGUGUUCAACCCCCCAAUGGCACCGCACAUGGGCGGAAACCUUGACCGAUGA